GCCUGCUCCGGCCCCCUCCUCCCUGCGUGCGGCACCGCGAUCCAGAAUCGUAUCCAUGAGGCGCAGCCGGCAGGUGACAUGCGUGACGUGGGUCCGCAGGGGCGUCGCCAAGGAGACUCCAGACAAGGUAGAACUGAGUGAGGACGAGGUCAAGCGUCUCAUUUCCGAAGCAAAGGAGAAAAUAAGAGAAAUAGACAGCAGUGAUGAAGGAGACGCUGCAGAGGAUGGCACGGACCAGGCACCAGCCCUCGUUCCAGCGCAGGCAGCCGAGCCCCCGUCGGAGGGUGUCCCAGAGGGAGAGGAGGGCGCGGAGGACGACGAGCUGGCUGAGUAUGAGCUGGAUAAGUACGAUAACGAAGACACAGGCACCGAGACUCUCCGAGAGUCUCUCUUGGGGCUCACCGUCUAUGGGAGCAACGAUGAAGAUCCUUACGUUACCCUCAAAAAUACGGACCAGUACGAACACGAAGACUUCCUGAUUAAGCCCGGCGACAACCUCAUCGUCUGCGGCAGGGCCGAAGACGACCAGUGCAAUCUGGAGAUCCACGUGUAUAACCAGGAAGAAGAAUCGUUUUACGUGCAUCACGACAUUAUCCUGUCUGCUUAUCCUCUGAGUGUGGAGUGGCUGAAUUUUGAUCCCAACCCUGAUGAAACCCCUGGAAACUAUGUGGCCGUGGGCACAAUGUCCCCCGUGAUUGAAGUGUGGGACCUCGAUAUCGUGGACUCUUUGGAGCCCGUGUUCUCACUUGGGAGCAAAGACAGGAAGAAGAAGAAAAAGAAGAAAGGGAAAAAGAGCCGAACAGCUGAAGAGACCCCAGAAGGACACACUGACGCCAUUCUCGAUCUUUCGUGGAAUAAACUAAUCAGAAACGUGCUGGCCAGCGCAUCCGCCGAUGGCACAGUAAUCCUGUGGGACAUGGCAUUGGGGAAGCCUGCGGCCAACCUGACCUUACACACAGACAAGGUCCAGACACUGCAGUUCCAUCCAUUUGAACCACAGACCCUGAUUUCUGGAUCAUACAACAAGUCCGUGGCCCUGUACGACUGCCGGAGUCCCCAGGAGAACCACCGCCUCUGGAAGUUUAGCGGGCAGGUGGAGAGAGUGACCUGGAAUCACUUUUCUCCCUGCAAUUUUUUGGCCAGCACGGAGGACGGCUUUGUGUACAAUUUGGACGCGCGUUCAAAUAAGCCCAUCUUUACACUCAAGGCACAUGAUGGAGAAGUUUCCGGACUCGAGCUAAGCAGUCAGGUUAAGGGCUGCCUCGUGACCUCAUCAUCAGACAAGUACGUCAAGAUUUGGGACGUCCUGGGAGACAGACCAAGCCUGGUGCACUCCAGAGACAUGAAGAUGGGUGUUCUCUUCUGUGCCUCGUGCUGCCCGGACUUGCCUUUUGUUUAUGCGUUUGGGGGCCAAAGAGAAGGGCUCCGGGUCUGGGACAUCAGCACCAUUUCUUCAGUGAACGAAGCUUUUGGGCACCGGGAGCGGCUGGUCGUCACCAGCCGGUCACUCUCCCCAGCCGGUGGCCCCCUCGGCCUCACGGGGAGGGACGGCGGGGACGUGGAGACGGCCAUGGAAUCUUAAUAAAUCUUUACCUCGUCA